GUGAAGGUGAACGUGCUGGGGGCCGUGGUGGAGCCGGGCAGCAGUGGCUUUCCCCCCGACGCCCGCAGCUUUGGGCUCCACGCCGCCAUCUACGCUGCCCGCCCCGACAUCCGUUGCAUCAUCCAUCUGCACACGCCGGCCACCGCCGCGGUGUCGGCCAUGCGCUGCGGGCUGCUGCCCGUGUCCCGCGCCGCGCUGCUGCUGGGGGACGUGGCCUAUUACGACUUCGGCGGGGAGGUGGAGGACGAGGCCGACCGGGUGGAGCUCCAGAAAUCCCUCGGGCCCACCUGCAAGGUGCUGGUGCUGCGCAACCACGGGGUGCUGGCGCUGGGGGACACGGCUGAGGAGGCCUUCUACUGUGCCUUCCACCUGCAGGCAGCCUGCGAGGUGCAGGUCGCGGCCCCGGCCAGGGGCGUGGGGGAGCAGGAGUUCGAAGCCCUGAUGAGGAUGCUGGACAACCUGGGCUACCGCACGGGCUACACCUACCGCUACCCCCUGGUGCAAGAGAAGAGCAAGCCCAAGAGCGACGUGCUGAUCCCGGCCACCGUCACCGCCUUCGUCUUCGAGGAGGACGCGGCGCCUGGGCCCGCGCUGCGCCAGCACGCCCAGAGGCAGCAGAAGGAGAAGACCCGGUGGCUCAACACCCCCAACACCACCACCAGGGUGAAGGUGGUUGCAGCAAGGCAGCAAGACCAAGACGAUGGAUCUUAUCUCCAUGAUUCACAGUGGCUGAAGGCAGAUGAGGUGGACAAAGGCAGCAGUGGGACCCCCAUCCGGAUUGAGAACCCCAACCAGUUCGUGCCCCUCUACACGGAUCCUCAGGAGGUGUUGGAGAUGAGGAACAAGAUCCGGGAGCAGAACCGGCAGGAGGUGAAGUCGGCAGGACCCCAGUCCCGGCUCCUGGCCAGCGUCAUCGCCGAGACCAGUCGCAGCCCUUCCACAGAAAGCCACCUGGGGGAUGCAGAGGCCAAAGAGACGUCGGGGGAGGAGGCACCAGCCGAGCCAGAACCUCCCAACCCCUUCAGCCAACUGACAGACCAGGAGCUGGAGGACUACAAGCAGGAGGUGGAGAGGAAAAAGCUGGAGCUGCUGCAGGGUGACAAGAAGGUGGCUGGAGACCAAGCACCAGAGAAGGAGCCACCGGCAGAAAGGCUGGACAAGGGGGGGACACACCCCAGUGCCCCCCCCAGCGCCCCCCCCGAGGCCCCCAAGGAGAAGGAGCUGGUGACCAGCAGCCCCGUCUCCCCAGAAGGUUCCCCUUCCAAAUCCCCUUCCAAGAAGAAGAAGAAAUUCCGGACCCCGUCUUUCCUGAAAAAAGGCAAAAAGAAGGAAAAGAUCGAAUCUUGA